UGGUCUGGCCAGCCUUCCAUGAGGCUCCAGACCCAGAGGUUCCAGUCCACGAUGUUCCGGUUCCGUCACAGGCUCCGGACCCUGAGGUUCCAGUCCACGAUGUUCUGGUUCCAGUCCCCGGUGUUCCGUCGCCGGGUCCAGUCCACGAGGUUCCGGUUCCAGUCCCCGGAGUUCCGUCACCGGUUCCAGUCCACGAUGUUCCGGUUCCGUCACAGGCUCCAGACCCCGAGGUUCCAGUCCACGAUGUUCUGGUUCCAGUCCCCGGUGUUCCGUCGCCGGUUCCAGUCGACGAUGUUCCGGUUCCGUCACAGGCUCCGGACCCUGAGGUUCCAGUCCACGAUGUUCUGGUUCCAGUCCCCGGUGUUCCGUCGCCGGUUCCAGUCCACGAUGUUCCGGUUCCAGUCCCCGGAGUUCCGUCACCGGUUCCAGUCCACGAUGUUCCGGUUCCGUCACAGGCUCCAGACCCCGAGGUUCCAGUCCACGAUGUUCUGGUUCCAGUCCCCGGUGUUCCGUCGCCGGGUCCAGUCCACGAGGUUCCAGUCCCCGGAGUUCCGUCACCGGUUCCAGUCCACGAUGUUCCGGUUCCGUCACAGGCUCCAGACCCUGAAGUUUCAGUCCUCGAUGUUCCAGUUCCAGUCCCCGGUGUUCCGCCGCGGCUCCAGUCCUGGGUUUCCGUCACGGUUCCAGUCCCUGCAGCGUCUGGAAUUCGUCCCUUGA